CCGAAUCCGAGUCAAAACAACGAUGAACAUUUACGUAAGGCGAGUCCUGUCGUCACUCCGGCAAUAUGAGCCAAUAUUCUCAAGGAGCAAUCCACAGACCCUGCAGAGAUAUGGGGUGAAGGAAAGUCUUCUCCUAAGGUUCGCCUCGACGGGCAAAACAGUGAAAUCACCUUCGAAAUCCAACGCCAUGAAGAGAUACGGGAAGCUACUCGCGGUAGGGUUUAGUGUGGGAGCCAUAGGAGGGGCGGCCUACAUGUACGAAAUCUACAAGAAGAUCGUGACUCCCCUGGCCAACCCCUCUGAGGGCAGCGAGUACCUGCUCAAGGAGAAGCCGCCCACCUUCAAGCCAGCGAGAACGAUUCGAACUCCAACAGACACAACUGGCUUGAAGAUAACCUUGUUCCAGUAUCAGACCUGCCCAUUCUGUUGCAAAGUCCGAGCUUUUCUUGAUUAUUAUGGCUUCAACUAUGAUGUUAUUGAAGUUAAUUCAGUGACUCGGGCACAGACGCGAUGGACAGAUUAUAGGAAGGUUCCCUUCCUUGUUGUAGCAUUACCAAAUUCUGAUAAGGUUCUGCAACUUAAGGACAGUUCAAUGAUUGUAUCAGUAAUGCAGUCAUUCCUAGAUAACAAAACAGAGAAUUUAGAAGAUCUAGUCAAAUGCUACCCAACAAUAGAAUUCACCGAUGAUGAGGGAGAGAAACGCUUAGAGAUUAUGAAUCGUUAUUUCCUGAUGUAUGGAAAGCAUCCACCCGGACGUUCCAAAGAUGACAUUGUAGAUGAGAGGAAAUGGAGAAAAUGGGUUGAUGAUGUUUUAGUCCAUGUACUGUCGCCAAAUGUGUACCGUACUCCACAAGAAUCAUUCCAGGCUUUUGAGUGGUUCUCAAAGGCUGGAUCCUGGGAAGAACAUUUUGAAACAUGGGAACGAUUGCUAGUCCUGUAUGUGGGAUCCAUUGCAAUGUUUUUCAUUGGCAAGAACCUGAAGAGACGACACCAGAUUAAAGAUGAUGUUAGAGCAUCAUUUUAUGACGAUGUCAAUGUGUGGCUCAAGGCUCUUAAGAAGAAAGGGACGAAAUUCAUGGGUGGAGACGAGCCAAAUCUGUCAGACCUAAGUGUGUUCGGUGUUCUGACGGCCGUGGAAGGGUGCGACGCGUUCCAAGACGUCAAGAGUAACACCAAAAUAACACCAUGGUUCGAGCACAUGAAGGAGGUUGUGUCUCAGCACGGAGGAGCCAAGUUGACCAUGGAGAGAGGAAAUUUGUUACAAAAUUAAAAGAUAUCUAGGCUUACAAAAAAUGUUAACAUCAGGGAGAUUCCAAAAUUUUUAGUGAAAUUCUUGUAGAUUCAGUGUUCUUAUUAAGUGAUACAGUUUUGGGUUUGGGAUAAAAAUCUUGCUAAAUUGAUGUUGGUGUAGACUUUUGAAAGUACUGAUAGUUCGACUGCCUAGUUGUGGGAUUGGAAAUUUAUCGGGAUUAAUGUUUCCUCUAGCCUAUUGAUUCAGCUUUAUCUGCAAUUAGUUUGAAAAGAUAAUUAUUUACAAUAUUUAAGAGAAUUGACUAAGAGUUGUUGCACAUUUCUUCUUCUCCUUAUAAAUUUCAAUGUUUCCAGAUCUACAAAAUCUUUAAGACAUUAAUUUACAUGUUAAUUUGAAAACAGACUUUGCUAGCAGCCAUGUAUGAUUUGUACAGUGUAUCAUAUUGGGAUGUUGUAAAUAUAAAAAUACUAUUUAUAAAA